AUGGCUGCCUUCGCCCGCCUGUUGAAGCGUCUCCUCUGGCCAGCCUCUAAAAAACAGGAGUCAGAAGAGGAAGAGGAGGAGGGGCACAGGACUCACCACGGGCCUCAGUCGCUCCUGGACGCGCCGCGAUGCGUCCAGCGGCCGCACGGGGGUGCGGCCGCGUCUUGCGGCCUGAGCUUCGGGGCGAGCGCUGUGCAAGGCUGGCGCGCGCACAUGGAGGAUGCGCACUGCGUUUGGCUCGCGCUGCCCGGGCUACCGCCAGGCUGGGCAUUCUUUGCGGUCCUCGACGGCCACGGCGGGGCGCGAGCUGCCCUCUUCGGCGCGCGCCACUUGCCGGACCACGUGCUCCAGGCACUGGGCCCGGCGCCUGGCGAACCCGAGGGAGUGCGCGGAGCGCUACGCCAAGCCUUCCUGAGCGCAGACGAACGGCUGCGUGCGCUCUGGCCUCGGGGCGAGCCGGGGGGCUCCACCGCCUUGGCGUUGCUCGUCUCCCCGCGUUUUCUGUACCUGGCGCACUGCGGUGACUCCCGAGCGAUGCUGAGUCGCGCCGGCGCCAUGGCCUUCAGCACCGAGGACCAUCGGCCCCUCCGGCCCCGGGAACGGGAGCGCAUCCACAACGCGGGAGGCACCAUCUGCCGCCGGCGUCUAGAAGGCUCUCUGGCAGUAUCCCGAGCGCUGGGCGACUUUGCUUACAAAGAGGCUCCGGGAAGGCCCCCUGAGUUGCAGCUCGUUUCCGCGGAGCCUGAGGUGACCGCCCUGGCUCGCCAGGCUGAGGACGAGUUCGUGCUGUUGGCCUCCGACGGUGUGUGGGACGCGAUGUCUGGCGCUGCCCUGGCGGGACUGGUGGCGUCGCGCCUCUGCUUAGGCCUGGCCCCGGAGCUUCUCUGCGCGCAGCUAUUGGACACGUGUCUGUGCAAGGGCAGCCUGGACAACAUGACCUGCAUCCUGGUCUGCUUCCCUGGGGCCCCGAGGCCUUGUGAGGAGGCGAUCAGGAAGGAGCUAGCGCUGGACGCAGCCCUGGGCCGCAGGGUCGCCGAGCUGUGUUCGUCUGCUCAGGAGCCCCCCAGCCUGAACACGGUUUUCUGGACUCUAGCCUCAGAGGACAUCCCAGACUUACCUCCUGGGGGAGGGCUGUACUGCAAGGCCACGGUCAUUGCUGAAGCUUAUUCUCAGCUCCACCAAGCCUCAGGACGCCGCUGGCAGAAGGGCCCACAUGGGGCAGGAAAGCCCACUGGCACCCUUUCGGACUCCUCCUUGGACUCGGAGGCUUGACAGCUGUUGCCCUUUGGGGACCCUCUGCCCAGCUGGGGCCUCAAAGGAACUAAGGAAGAAAACUCUCCUUCCCCAGCUACACAGACCAGCGGAAGGAAGACAAACGGAGGGAGGAACCCCAGAAUGCUUAUUUCCCCUUCUCCUACUUCCCUCUCACAGAAAGUCUUAAGAGAGGGGAAAUUCCAACCACCCUCUGAACUGAAGAAAAAAAAAAAAAAAAAAGAAAGAAAAAAAAAAAGAAAGAAAGAAAAGGAGGAAAGAAAGAAAGAAAAAAAAAACCCACCCCAAAUCAAAUCAAGUGUUUUUGAAAUAUUUUGAGCUAAAUGGACCCUUACAUGAUCACCCAGUUCAAUAACCUUCUCUUCCUUCCAAUUUUUCAUGUUUUGGGAGGAGUUACAGAAGAGUAUUGAUCAUUAAAUUUUAAUGAUAUAGAACUCAAAAUAAAUUUCUCUUGUAGAAAA